CUGCCCUGCACAGCAGAGCCGCUCCGACCUCCAAAGCACAUCUAGAGCUCCCGAACAGGCGGAAUUAACCUCGAAAGACUAAAAAAAAAAAAAAAAAACAGAAAGAAAAGAAAUAAAGAAAGCAAAAAAAUUAAAAAAAUAAAAGAGACAUCCAGGGGGAAAAAGUUGGAGAGCAAAGGAUAUUUACUGGAAUACAACAAAUCUAAUUUUCAUUUUGUUGGAAUAUUUUGACACCAUGAGGAUUUUCCCCUUUGUGCUCCUGCUUGUUCACAGUUUGGUUGUGUCCAGACUGGCCAGUGGGGCUGCGGUCGACCGGCAUGAGGGCGACAGGCAGCGGCACACGUCUGUCUUCAACCUCUUAGACACAACCAGGGACCGGAGGUCCGAGGAGCGCACAGGGGCCACAACAGUGCAGCGUGGCCCCGAAGGCAAGGAAGAGGAGGAGGAAGAGGAGGAGGAUGAUGGAUACUACUACGAUGAUGAGUCUGACUACGAAAUGUCUGGAGACUACGACAUGGAAACGCCACGAGUCGCCAUGUCAAGCAAACCCAAAGACCCAUCAUCCCUCCCGGAGCCCCAAAACACAGAAGAAACCCGUAGAAGGGGAAAGGGAAUAAAGAAAGGGAAAGGAAAGGGAAAGAAGAGGAAUCCAUGUCUGAAAAAGUACAAGGACUUGUGCAUUCAUGGCACCUGCCAGUACCGGAGGGAAAUCCGUGGGCCGACUUGUAUCUGCGAUGCAAAUUACUCUGGCGAAAGGUGCCAGUUGUUCACGCUGCCUGUCUAUACCUCGGAGGGCUACAGCAGGACCACGGCUUUGGCAGUGAUAGCUGUGGUGCUUUCAUCCGUCUGCCUCACCAUCAUCGGCCUCUUGUUGAUGCUGAGGUUUCACAAGCGUGGAGCGUAUGACGUAGAGAGCGAGGAGAAGGUGAAGUUGGGGCUGGCGUCCAACAACUGAAACCACAAACAGAGGCAUAAAUGCAGAAAUUCUACCUCAAACUGGAAAAACAGAAGCGUACUGCAACGGGAGGUCCAGGAGGAAACAUGAACGUAUGCGCUGAUGGGAGCGGAGAGCGCUCAGAUGGAUGUUCGACAUCUGGCCAGCUGUGGGCGACCGGAUCGGUCACCCCACAGGCGUCCACUAGAGUAGGGGGGCAUCUUCCGGGAAGGGAAAUACGGAACGGCUUAGAAGACGGACUGAAGAUGGGAUCGGCAGGAAGAAAACAAGAAGGAGGGAUGAUGUUUAGACUCUGCUCUGCUUCGUGACUGUGUGAAAAGAAAACGUUUCAAGUGGAACUGAAACCUUUAAACAGCAAGGAUAGCUCAAUAUGGACUCUUUUUCUCUCGCGAGAAAAUGUUUUGUAUUUUUCCUGCACACCUUUUAUUUUCCUGUACAGUAAACGUUAUAUUUAUAAGUUUAAUUUAUUUAUUUAAAUGUAUUUAUAGGGAUAUUAUUCCCUCAAGUAGUUUUUAAAAUUGUAAUGUUACAAUUCUUUUUUAUAUUUGCUAUUGAACAAUAUUUAUAAAACAAAACAGGCAAAAAGCAAUAUCGCAAAAAAGCUCUUUGCCUUUAUUUACAAUUUUCUUUGUGUAUCCAUCUUUAUCCAAUUCUGGCAAAUCCAAAGUGAUCCAAAGCACUGUAAUUAUUAAAUUCCAAAUAAAAUGUUUAUUUGGGUAAUUUCUUUUUAUUAUUAUUUUUGCUUUUUGUUAAAGUAUAAACAACUCUUUGGGAGCUACCAAUAAUCAUACCAGGUGAACUCAGUUGGAAUGUAAAGCCAGGAGACCCCAUUGUGUUUUGGGGGCUUUUUGCCCAAUGGCACAUCAGAGUUGAAAAUCAGGGAGGACUCCUUCCCUCAGCUCGACUUUGUCCUGCAGGCUCAGGGAUUUGAAGGCCAGAAAGUAAAGGAGUUUCUGCGUUUGGCUUCCGUUUUCUAAAAAAAAAAAAAAAAAAGUCACCAAAGAGUUGUUUUUUUACAAGUUUCUCCAGCGACUGUACAGAUACCACGCCCUCUCUUACCUUAUGGGAUUGGAGAAUCAAUGCUGAAGUGAAAACUGGCUGUGUGGAGAGAAGCUGAAUUGUUUUUUUUUUUUGUCUUAUCAGUGGAGAAAGUGUCACGCUGCCAAAGCAAAAAAGAAAAAAAAAGUGAAUUACGGUGUUCAACCCUUUCAAAUUCUGAUUUGUCAUUGUUGAAGUGAUGAUUUGUGAUUGAUUUGUUCAUUGCAAAAUAAAAAAUAUAUGUAUCUUGA